AUUUAUAACUGGAUCUGAAACCAACAUCACAAAUUAGAGAGAGAUGGCUGACGGAGGAAAAAUGGUUUGCGUCACCGGAGCUUCUGGUUACGUAGCGUCUUGGAUUGUUAAGCUUUUGCUUAUCCGUGGCUACACCGUUAGGGCCACCGUUCGAGACCCAAGUGAUGCAAAGAAAACAGAACAUCUUCUUGCACUGGAGGGUGCAAAAGAAAGACUAAAACUGUUCAAAGCAGAUCUUUUGGAAGAAUCUUCUUUCGAGCAAGCAAUUGAAGGAUGUGACGCCGUCUUCCACACCGCUUCUCCAGUUUCAUUAACUGUGACUGAUCAUCAGAUUGAGCUGAUUGAUCCGGCCGUAAAGGGAACACUUAACGUCCUUAACACUUGUGCUAAAGUGUCAUCUGUUAAGAGGGUCAUCGUAACAUCGUCCAUGGCCGCAGUUCUGUUUCGUGUGCCUCCCUUGGGACCAAACGACUCAGUAGACGAGAGUUGCUUCUCUGAUCCAAAUUUUUGCACUGAGAAUAAGCUUUGGUAUGCACUCUCAAAGACUUUGGCCGAGGAUGAAGCAUGGCGAUUCGCAAAGGAAAAAGGGCUUGACUUGGUCGUAAUAAAUCCAGGACUUGUGCUCGGACCGCUCUUGAAACCAAGUCUUACUUUCUCAGUAAAUGUGAUUGUGGAUCUUAUUACAGGUAAGGACAAUUUCAUUAAUAAGAAUUUUAGACUGGUCGAUGUGAGGGAUGUUGCCCUCGCUCAUAUCAAAGCGUUCGAGACUCCUUCUGCCAACGGUAGAUAUAUCAUUGAGGGUCCGGUUGUGACGAUAAAUGACAUUGAGAAGAUUUUGCGUGAAUUCUUUCCUGACUUGAAUCUCGUUAACAAGAAUGAAGCAAGUGAGAUAAUUCCAGUGAUUUACAAGCUAUGUGUUGAGAAAGUGAAGAGUUUGGGAAUUGAGUUCACUCCUACAGAAACAACCAUUAGAGACACUAUUCUUAGUCUCAAAGAGAAAUGUCUUGUGUGAUGAUCAUAUCUUGUUAUAUUGCCUUCCUGUAAUUUUCAAUUUUACUAUUGAACUAUGCAUUUCAUGAAAUAAAAAGUAAGCUUGCUC